AUGUUUUCUAAUUGUGUAAAAAGGAACCUACCAAUUUCUUGUGGCUUGCAGAAAUCUACAAAAUCUAUGAGCAAGGAUGAAGUUGCAUGUCUCAUAGAGAUAAUAGAAGGCAGUCCUAUAAUUACGAGCAAGGAAACCAACGCCACUACCAACAGACUCAAAGAAGAAGCAUGGGUGGCCCUUACUGCUGCCUACAAUGCCAAGUGUGGCUCCUUCCCCAAGCAGAAGGAACAGCUCAAAUUAAAAUGGGACAAUUUGAAAAAGGUGGCCCGAAAGAGAGCACAAAAAGUACGAAUGAAUAGUCUAAAGACUGGUGGUGGAAAACCUGACUUCAUCCCACCAGAUGAAUUGUUAGAAAAAGUGACAUCUCUUUUGGGGUCGACCUGCACUGGGUUCGAUGUCCCUUUUGGUGGUGACGGAUUAGGCGUUGGUAUGGUGCUGGAAUUGAAGUCGGUGGGCUUGAACUUCAGAACCAGUCGGAUCAUUGUGAACCUGAAACUCAAGGGAAUGUGGUUCUGUGUCCAAGUCCAAAAAGAGACAGUAAAAGAAAAGCACCAUGUGAGGUGCAAUUAGAAGACCAAAUAUCAUAUACACCAAAAAAAAUUUUCGGAAUGCAGAGCAUGUCUAAAUGCUUGCAAACCAAAGGUACCUAUAUAUUAAGUAAAAAUUAUAAUAAUAAUAAUAAAUAGUUAUUCCAGUACUGAGACAAUUCAACAUUUCUCUUCAUGUGUUCUUAUCUAAAUUACUUUUUCAAUUCCAGCAAAGAAGAAAAAAGACGCAAGAGAUGAUGGGCGCCUUGAACUAAAUCUUGCUAUGGCCAAAUAUUAUGAGAAGAAGGCUGAAAAAUUAGAUUUAGAAAUUCAGCUGUUAAAGAAAGAAAUUUCAGACAAAGAACAAUAGUGCUUAAAAAGUACUUAGAACUAGCAGCUGAAAUUCUAAAUUUAAUUUUUUAGCCUUAUUUUAAUAUUAACCAUAUCCAUUUUUUAUAUUAACUAGUUUUUUUACCCUUUAGUGCCAUGUUAUUAGGAAUUAGAAUAAGUUUGACUAAUUUUUUUUUUUUAAUUGUUAAAAUAAGCCAAAGCUGAUACAAAUUGUAUUUUCAA